GCUCAGCAUCGGAAGUUGGGCGCAGUGCUGUGUCGCGUGUCCGCUGAUGCGCGUGCUCGUCACGUCGGGAAAAGGAGCGAGCAAACGUCACAGACUCCUGGCUCAGGAGGCUCCCCGCUGCACGCGACAGUACGCUCCUCGAAGCAGAAGCUCCGGCUGUGCCUCCGCCUGCUCCGCCCGUGAGUCUGCCUGCGGGUGGAGGAUGCUCUGCUCCUCCUCCCGCUGUGGGGAGUCAGGACUUUCCUCUCCGUCAUCCGGCCGGGAUGCUGCGCUGUGAGCCCGGGGCUGCUCCCCGCCUCUGCCCGCUGGAGUUGGCUCAUCUGCCGGGAUUAAACACUCGCUGUCAUCCUCUCCUCCGCUGCGCGGUCGCUUCUUCUUCGUUGAUUUUGCGGCUCUGGGUCGUUUGACUUCCUGACUGCUGGUUUUACUCGCGCGCAGAUUUGUGAAUGAGCCGCGAUCCUCCCGGGGAGAAGGUGCUGUGAGCGCGCGGGGGGCAGGAUGGAGGCGGCCGGUCGGGAUGGAGGAUUAGAGCACGGAGGGAUUAAAUCCUCCACCAGCCGCUGACUUUGGUUUUGUGGGUUUGGAGAAGUUUCCAGACUGUUCGCGUCCUCCGUGUUUUUGAGGAGUGGGUGGAAGGAGUGAGAGAGUGAUAAACGUGGAAAAGUUUCUCGCGUGGUGAUUCCAGCUGCAGUGAAACGGCUCUGAGUGGGGAGGCUCGGCGGGAGCAGCUCCCGGGGAAUCGCGGAGAUGAUGAAGGUCUCACGGUGCUGAAACCAGAGGACUCAGACUUUACGCGAGGAUUACAGUCACGGCAUCACAUGAACGGAGGAAUAUGAACCAUCACAUUUACGGUAAAUCUCGGAGCUGACGUCCAAUCAGCUUCUGCGCGUGCAUCGUGAUGAAGAGUCGAAGGAAGUCCGAGUCCUGAAGCUGUGGGCGCGAACUUUUCUUCAGACGACAGCCGAACUCGGUGACCCCGGCUCAGGCAGGUGACCCCGCUCACAGUUCCGUUACCGGGUCUCUGGAUCCAGAGGGAGGAGCUGCGGGAGCGGGCGGGCGGUACCGGAGCCCCUCAGAUGAGCGAAUAUGUCGGACCGGAGCGCCCCGGGCUGCCGGCUCAGACUGGACUGGGUCUACGGGUACCGGGGGCACCAGUGCCGGAAUAACCUGUACUACACGGCGGGGAAGGAGGUGGUGUACUUCGUGGCCGGGGUUGGAGUGGUUUACAACACCAGAGAGCACAGCCAGCGGUUCUACCUGGGACACAAUGACGACAUCAUCAGCCUGGCGCUGCACCCGGAGCGCUCCCUGGUGGCGACGGGUCAGGUGGGCAAGGAUCCGUAUGUGUGCGUGUGGGACACCUUCACCGCCCAGACCGUGUCACUGCUGCGUGACGGACACACACACGGCAUCGCCUGCCUCGCAUUCAGCGCUGAUGGACAGGUGACGCACACACACACACAGUCUAAGACUAUGAUUUUUAAAGAUAAGGCUGGAAUCAAAUGCAAAUUUUCUGGAAACUCUUUAGUUUUGAUGCCGCCUCCGUUUUGUUCGCAGUUCUGGUCCCUGUGCGGUAACGCUCUCACACCAAAGCGGGGGAUUUUCGGAAAGACGGGCGACCUGCAGACCAUCUUGUGUGUGGCCUCGGCUAAAGAUGACAUCACGUACUCCGGGGCGCUUAACGGAGACAUUUACGUCUGGAAGGGACUCAACCUGAUCCGAACGGUCCAGUCCGCCCACAGCGCCGGUAUCUUCAGCAUGUAUUCCUGCGAGGAGGGCUUCGCCACGGGCGGCAGAGACGGCUGCAUCCGACUGUGGGACGUCGACUUCAAACCCAUCACUAAGAUCGACCUGCGAGAGGCCGAGCAGGGAUACAAAGGUCUGUCUAUUCGCAGCGUCUGCUGGCGAGCCGACCGGAUCCUGGCAGGGACGCAGGACAGCGAGAUCUUUGAGGUGAUGGUGCGGGACCGGGACAAACCGCUGCUCAUCAUGCAGGGACACAGCGAGGGCGAGCUGUGGGCGCUCGACGUUCACCCCAAAAAGCCUCUGGCUGUCACCGGCAGCGACGACCGCUCCGUCAGUGUGCUGGUCUCCGCUCCUCUCAGAGACAUGACUGAGGUCGUUCACAUCAAGGACAGGAAGGAGGUGAUCCACGAGAUGAAGUUCUCGCCGGACGGCGCCUACCUCGCUGUCGGCUCCAACGAUGGACUGGUGGACAUCUACGCUGUCGCCCAGAGAUACAAGAAGGUUGGAGAGUGCAGCCAGUCCUCCAGUUUCAUCACCCACCUGGACUGGACGCUGGACAGCAAGAUCCUGCAGACCAACGACGGAGCUGGAGACCGCUUCUUCUACCGGAUGCCCCUGGGGAAGCUGGUCAGUAAGGAGGAGGUCAAAGGUCAGCGCUGGGCCUCCUGGAGUGGCGUGCUGGGCUCAGAGGUCAGCGGCAUCUGGCCUAAAUACUCAGCCCAGACCGAGAUCAACGCCGUGGACGCCAACCCCUCCGCCGCCGUGCUCGUCACCGGAGACGACCUCGGCCUCGUGAAGCUCUUCCGCUUCCCCUGCGUGAGGAAAGGAGCCAAGUUUAAGAAGUACAUCGGCCACUCGGCCCACGUCACCAACGUCCGCUGGUCACAUGACCUGCAGUGGGUGCUGACCACAGGUGGGGCCGACCACGCCCUCUUCCAGUGGAGGUUUCUGCCGGAGUCGGUCAUGAACGGAGGCCCGGACGUCAACAUCCAAGACAGUCACGGAGACUCCAACAGCGAGGAGUCGGACAGCGACGUGUCUGACGUCCCGGAGCUCGACUCUGACAUCGAGCAGGAGACGCAGAUUCACUACGACAGACCGGUGUAUAAGGAGGACCUGCCUCAGCUGCGACAGCAGAGCAGAGAGAAGAAGCAGCAGGUUGGAUCUCUGAAGAGGCAGAAAGGACCGGACCAAGGCCUGCGACUGCAGUUUGUUCACGGUUACCGUGGCUACGACUGCAGGAACAACCUGUUUUACACGCAGGGCGGGGAGGUGUUGUACCACGUAGCAGCGGUGGGCGUGGUCUACAACCGUCAGCUGCAUAGCCAGCGCUUCUACCUGGGCCACGACGAUGACAUCCUGAGCCUCAGCAUCCAUCCGCUGAAGGACUACGCCGCCACGGGACAGGUGGGGAGGGACCCGGCCGUCCACGUGUGGGACAUCCAGACUCUGAAGUGCCUCUCUCUGCUCAAAGGCUUUCAUCAGAGAGGAGUGUGUGCGCUGGACUUCUCAGCUGAUGGGAAGAGUCUGGUUUCGGUGGGAAUCGAUGAUGGACAUUCGAUCGUCGUCUGGGACUGGAAGAGAGGAGAGAAACUCGCCACUGCCCGGGGUCACAAGGACAAGAUCUUCGUGGUGAAGUGUAAUCCCAUGGUCACGGACAAACUGGUCACUGUGGGAAUCAAACACAUGAAGUUCUGGCAGCUUGCAGGUGGCGGUUUGACCUUCAAGCGCGGCGCUUUUAGGAGCAUCGGCCGGCCGGAGACCAUGAUGUCGGUGUGCUACGGCCGCACUGAGGCGCUGGUGUUCUCCGGAACCGCCACCGGAGACGUUUACAUCUGGAAGGAGCCGCUGCUGCUGAAAACGGUGAAGGCCCACGACGGGCCGGUGUUUGCCACGUUCUCCCUGGACAAGGGCUUUGUGACGGGUGGGAAGGACGGCGUGGUGGAGCUGUGGGACGACAUGUUUGAUCGCUGCCUGAAAACCUACGCCAUCAAGAGAGCAGCGCUGUCCCCGGGGUCGAAAGGACUGUUGCUGGAGGACAACCCGUCCAUCAGGGCCAUCACCCUGGGUCACGGUCACAUCCUGGUGGGAACCAAAAACGGAGAAGUUCUGGAGAUUGACAAGACCGGACCCAUGACCCUGCUGGUGCAGGUGGGAAUACUACUGUGUGUGUUCCGGGUGUUCGUGCUCUCAGACUCAGGUAAAUACCUGGCGGUGGCGUCACACGACAGCUUCGUGGACAUCUACAACGUGCUGAGCAGCAAGAGAGUCGGCAUCUGUAAAGGAGCGUCCAGUUACAUCACGCACAUCGACUGGGACGCCCGAGGUAAACUGCUGCAGGUCAACACGGGAGCCAAAGAGCAGCUGUUCUUUGAAGCCCCGCGAGGAAAACGACAAACCAUCAGAAACUGUGAGCUGGAGCGGAUCGAGUGGGCUGGCUGGACGUCGGUUCUGGGCUCCACCUGUGAGGGAAUCUGGCCGACGCACAGCGACAUCACCGACAUCAACGCCACGUCGCUCACCAGAGACCACACGCUGCUCGCCACCGGAGACGACUUUGGCUUCCUCAAACUGUUCAGCUAUCCCGUCAGAGGUCAGUACGCUCGCUUUAAGCGUUACGUGGGCCACAGCGCACAGGUCACAAACGUCCUCUGGGCUCAGGAUGACUCCACGCUCCUGACGGUGGGCGGGGCUGACACCGCCCUGAUGAUCUGGGUGAGGGAGCGAGGAGGCGUGGUCAGCGUGGAGGGGGAUGGGCCUUUGUUUCGCGACAGCCGACCGCUCGUAGACAGCGAGGAGUCGGAUGACGACAUCGAGGAGGACGGAGGCUACGACAGCGACGUCGCCCGCGAGAAGACGGUGGAUUACACCACGAAGAUGUACGCCGUCAGCAUCAGAGCGAUGAGAGGAACCAAACCUCACCAACAGCUGAAGGAGCUCUCUGCUGAGGAGAGGCCGCCAGUGAGCCGAGCGGCGCCGCAGCCCGAGAAACUCCAGAAAAACAACGUGUCCAAGAAGAAGCGGCCGGUCGAGGACCUGAUCUUGGACCACGUCUUUGGUUUUCGGGGCUUCGAUUGUCGUAACAACCUGCACUACCUCAACGACGGCGCCGAGAUCGUGUACCACACUGCCGCCACCGCCAUCGUGCACAGCCUGAGCACCGGAACGCAGAGCUUCUACCUGGAGCACACGGACGACAUCCUGUGUCUGACCGUCAACCAGCACCCCAAAUUCAAGAACAUCAUCGCCACCGGGCAGAUCGGUGACGGCGGUGAACUCCCAGGAACGACCCCCUCGAUCCACGUGUGGGACGCCAUGGGCAAGCAGACGCUGUCCAUCCUCCGCUGUCCACACAGCAAAGGCGUCGGCUACGUGAACUUCAGCGCCACGGGAAAGCUGCUGCUGUCCGUCGGAGUGGACCCUGAACACACCAUCACGGUGUGGCGCUGGCAGGAAGGAUCUCGAGCGUGCGGGAAAGCCGGACACCCGGACCGGAUCUUCGUGGUGGAGUUUCGGCCCGACUCGGACGCUCAGUUCGUGUCGGUGGGAAUCAAACACGUGAAGUUCUGGACGCUGGCCGGCGGCGCGCUGAUGUACAAGAAGGGCGUGGUGGGGACGCUGGAGGACGGCAGGAUGCAGACGAUGCUGUCUGUCGCCUUCGGUGCGAAUAACUUGACGUUCACAGGGGCCAUUAACGGGGACGUGUACGUGUGGCGAGAUCACUACCUGCUGCGGGUGGUGGCGAAGGCUCACACCGGGCCGGUCUUCACCAUGUACACCACCCUGAGAGACGGACUCAUCGUCACCGGUGGAAAGGAGAGGCCGACGAAGGAGGGUGGAGCAGUGAAGCUCUGGGAUCAGGAGAUGAAACGAUGCCGAGCCUUCCAGCUGGAGACCGGGCAGCAGGUGGAGUGCGUGCGGUCGGUGUGCAGAGGCAAGGGUAAGAUCCUGGUGGGGACGAAAGACGGCGAAAUCAUCGAGGUCGGGGAGAAGAACGCGGCGUCCAACCUGCUGCUGGACAGUCACGCUCGGGGGGGAAUCUGGGGUCUGGGCGCUCAUCCAGCCAAAGAUCUCUGCAUCACGGCGAGCGACGACGCCACCAUCCGCCUGUGGGACCUCGCCGACAAGAAACUGCUGAACAAAGUGUGCGUCGGCCACGCGGCUCGCUGCGUCAGCUACAGCGCAGACGGAGAGAUGCUGGCGGUGGGGAUGAAGAACGGCGAGUUCCUCCUCCUCCUCUCCAAUUCGCUGAAGAUGUGGGCGAAGAAGCGAGACCGCAGCGCCACCGUCCAGGACAUCCGCUUCAGUCCGGACCGGCGGCUGUUGGCGGUCGGCUCCGUGGAGAACACGGUGGACGUGUACGACGUGAGUGCAGGGCCGACGCUGAACCGGCUGGUUUACUGCAGCGACAUCCCCGCCUUCGUCCUGCAGCUCGACUUCUCUGCUGACAGCUGCUACGUACAGGUGUCCACGGGAGCUUAUAAGCGGCAGGUGUUCGAGGUUCCUUCUGGAAAGCUGGUGAGCGACCCGAUCGCCAUCGACAGAAUCACCUGGGCAACGUGGACCAGCAUCCUGGGAGACGAAGUUUUGGGGAUUUGGCCUCGAAACGCCGACAAAGCUGACGUGAGCUGCGCGUGUGUGUCUCACGGCGGCCUGAACAUCGUCACCGGCGACGACUUUGGAUUGGUCAAACUGUUCGACUUCCCCUGCACAGAGAAGUUUGCCAAACACAAGCGCUACCUCGGCCACUCGCCUCAUGUGACCAACAUCCGCUUCUCCCACGACGACAAAUACGUGAUCAGCACAGGAGGAGACGACUGCAGUGUGUUUGUGUGGAAAUGUCUGUAAACACUCGGAUCCACAGCGCCUUAAACAGACCACAAGUGGAUCCAGAGGGAGUUGAACCCACAACCGGCCCGAGCCUCCAACGCCACGUGGGCCAGACUGCGACUAACCCUCCACGACGGACGGAUGCAUGGACAUGAACACAAAGCCUCGGGAGAACCCGUGGACUCUAUCAGCUGAUGUUUACAUGUUUGUCGUUUUCUUUUUUGGUCACAUGGUGAAAAAAAACAUUAAAAUUUGUGCAAACAGGUUCAUAAAGUGAGGGAGCGCACAGCUGUAAACCUAUCAAACGACAGACCCCUCCCUCACUUUGGUCAACCACACGCUCAGAUUUGCACGUCAGUGCGCCCCCUGCAGGGCUCAGCGGGAACCUUCCUGAUGGAUCACAUGACUCAGAGGAUCCAUCAGCUGGUAUCUGACCAAAACCCACAGGAUGACCUUGUUGGACGGUUUCUGCCACCUGCUGUUACCCAUAAGGCCUUGCGUUGGGUCGUCGCAGUGGUUUGAACAUUUAAGACAUUCCAGUCAGCUCAAAGCUGCUGCUUCCACAAAACUGAGCAGAAAUCAGAGUUUAAGGCAGCUCUAACUGAGCCGCGCUGAAGGUAAUUAAAACGGCUUCAAACGAACGUACGGAGGCCCACAAGUGUCACACAAGAACUAUUUCUCUAACAUCUUCAGACGCAAACGGUAACCUGAAGAUACUCGGUUACAUUCAGGGGUUAUUUUGGCAAUAAGUCAUUUACGAUAAAAUUCACACGCAUCUGUCAAAGUUUCAAAGAAAACAGAAACUAUAAAAAGAGACGUUAAAGUUAAAUUAGGAGGAAUAAACGCAAAGACACAAACGGCACAGCAAACGAAAUUAAAAUGUCAUUAAAUUAAAGAAAAAGAAAAGACUAAACUAAAAGAUUUAUUACAUCGCUCUGUUUUCUUUUCUUUGAGGUGGAUUCAUUUUUAUCUUCAAGUAAA